GUCUAUAUGUGCACUUUAUAUUUUAAACUUUCUGGAGAUUAUCUAGACGUUUCAUGUACUAAUUCUGGCAGGAUUUCCCUUUAAGGAUGUCCUGCAGAGAAUUUGCUACUCAUAAUUUUAAGUAAAAAUUGACGAGUGCUUUUUCAGCCCAGUAGGAGUCAGCUAUGUACAUGUCACAAGACUUGGAGGAAACCCACACACCCUCCUAUUUUCUUCCACAAAGUUAAAAAGGCUGCAGUUGGGAGGGACCCUCAGUUUUGGUGGCCCAUUCUGUACCUCUUGAAGGUAACAUAUGAAUGUGUUGGAGGGGAAAGUAAAUCAUCAUAUAUUCUCCUUUCAUCCUGUUUAAACUGUUGGAAGAAGCGGCUUUAAGAAAAAGAUUAAGGCAAAAUGACAACUCCUCAAUUUUAUUGCCAAUACUGCAUGGCAUCACUUCUUGGGAAGAAAUAUGUACUAAAGGAUGACAAUCCAUACUGUGUUUCUUGUUAUGAUCGUAUCUUUUCUAACUAUUGUGAGGAGUGCAAAGAACCAAUUGAAUCAGGUUCCAAGGAUCUUUGUUACAAAGGCCGUCACUGGCAUGAAGGAUGCUUUAAUUGCACCAAAUGCAAUCACUCUUUGGUAGAAAAGCCUUUUGCUGCCAAGGAUGAGCGCCUGCUGUGCUCGGAGUGCUAUUCUAAUGAGUGCUCUUUCAAGUGCUUUCACUGCAAGAAGACCAUCAUGCCUGGUUCCCGCAAAAUGGAAUUUAAGGGUAACUACUGGCAUGAAACCUGCUUUGUGUGUGAGCACUGCCGACAGCCAAUAGGAACUAAACCUUUGAUUUCCAAAGAGAGUGGCAAUUACUGUGUGCCGUGUUUUGAGAAGGAGUUUGCUCACUACUGCAGCUUUUGUAAGAAGGUGAUAACUUCAGGUGGGAUAACGUUUCGUGACCAGCCAUGGCAUAAGGAGUGUUUUCUGUGCAGCGGCUGUAGGAAAGAGCUCUGUGAGGAAGAGUUUAUGUCCAGAGAUGACUAUCCAUUCUGUCUGGACUGCUACAACCAUCUUUAUGCCAAAAAGUGUGCCGCCUGCACCAAGCCUAUUACUGGUCUCAGAGGUGCCAAAUUUAUCUGCUUUCAAGACCGCCAGUGGCACAGUGAAUGCUUUAACUGUGGGAAGUGCUCGGUCUCCUUGGUGGGGGAAGGCUUCCUGACUCACAACAAGGAAAUCUUCUGCCGCAAAUGUGGCUCUGGGCUGGACACUGAUAUCUAGAAGGAGACAGUCCCUCCCCACCGGAAAUCCACCUUGCUUUUGUUCUCACUAAAUCCAAAACUCAACUGACAUUGCACUCGACUUAAUUUUUAGGAAAAAUUCAUGUAGAGUUUAUAGCACAAGUGUUUUUGCACACAUUCUAAUUGAACUAUAAGGGCUCAGAAAAGCACAGUCUAACAGAAAUGAAUACACUCUAAAUCACAAAGACACCUUUCCUUGCAAAAUACUGCACUCUGCUGUUAGAAAAUAUGGGAAAAUAUUUCUUUAUUGUAAUCUAAUGUAUAACCUAUACCUAGAAGUCAUGGAUUUUAUUACUGAAAACUGAUGUUUUUCAAAACUGCAAAGUAAGAAGGAUACCAAGAGAUCAAAUUGAAAGACAAAUAUAUGAAACUAAUGUUUGCAUUCCUCACUAGUUAUAUGUAACAUGCUUGGCUGUGAAUGGUAGAACAAAAAUGGUCAGGGAAAACAUCAGUAAUCAUAUUUAGGUAUUUUGUUAUUUUAUCAUUCUUUUAUUGUUCACAAGUACUAACUUUGGAGUUGAAAAACAAAGCUGCAAUUUGCCCUCAUCCUCCCACUUCCACAAGUAGUUGGUUACCAUAUUUAAUCAAAGGAAUUUGAGAAUUCUGGGCACCAUGCCCCUCAUUCUCUGCAUAGAUACAAAGGUGCCCUUUCCCCCCAGGGAUAGUCGAAGCAUAGGUUUCAACACAUUUUGUGUUGAAAGCAUUUCAAAGUCCACAAUGAAAUUUUUUUCCUAAAUACUUACAUAUUCCCUGAAAGAAAAGUCUAUUCCUUCAAAAGAGCAAACCAGGGUAAUCAUUGUCCCCAAAGGCAAACCUUUAAAGUAAAUUGAUCAUUAAAUCAUCACUUGUGGAAAUGAGUUUUAGGGAAGGGAUUGUGUGUUGGAACAUGACUUUCAUCCAGAUAUCUAAAGGCAUAAUAGAAUGCAUAAUUAGCUCUGAGCCUCACGCAUUUUGCCUUCCAACAUUUCACAGAUGAUUAAUGAGAAGACAUAAAAGUGAGUUUUAAAGAAAUCUAGUAAUAAUAAAAACCUAAAAAGAAUAACUCACUGCUGAUAAUUCAGGACCUGUGAAGAAGCACAACAGAGCAAUAAGGUCUGUAAAUGAGGCUUCCUCCACACCUGGGCUACGCACAUCACCUGUGCCACUUACGUCACCCAUGCUGCCUCCAUCACCGCGCCUAGAACUUCAGUCUCUUAUAUUGACUCUGAGGGGCACUCUCGACCUUCAGGAACCAUUCUACAAAUAAACCAGUGUGUUUACUGGUCACAGCCUUAAUGAAAACCUAUCACUGUAUGUUUAUCUUUAUACCACACAUCUAUUGAUGAUGCCCCUAACUAGCUGCCCCUGGACAAAAAUUUCCACAUUACGUAGGAUAAGUGGAAAUCAACCUCUGCUCUCAUUCAAUUAUGACCCUUGGUUAUAGCGUCACGGGUGCAGCAGAGAGAGGUCAGGAGGAGAAAUCCAGACUGACACGACAUUUUUAUAAGUGUCUACUCAUAUUAGUGCACUAAAGGUUCUGACUGAAGUCUAAUUACAUGCUGUGGUUGAUUACAAUGAUUAAAAUAGCAUCACAGAAGAUUCAAUUAAAAUUGUUAUGGAAACACAAUUUUUGAAAAAGUUUAAAAUGCAAGAACAUUUGGAGAUGUUAGCAAUUUAGAGAUACAAAUAAAAGGUCAGGCUUCAUCGGCUAUUUGAAAGACAUAAUUGUCCUUUUCUGGGUAUUAACAAUGCCAAGAUAUUUUCUCAUAUUAACAUUUAAAUGUAGGCAAAAAUACCGAUAUUCUUCCUGCAUUGCUUGAAAUUGCACAUGUAGAACUGAAUAUGCCAAUUGUUCAAUGCUUUAGAAUAAACAGUGAACAAUAUAUUUAGAAAGCCAAGCCAUUCUGAAUCUAUGUGGAUAUACAAUAUGUAAUACUGUCUCAGUUAAUCAAUUAGAAGUAAACAUACAAAAUGGUUUUUCUUAAACAAUUGGUAUCGUUCAGGCAUUUUGCUGUGUGAGACUGGGGGGAUGUGAGUAUGCACAUGAUGGGGCAUUUUACUUAAUUCACAGAAUCAUUUCCAAGACAGAGAUUUUGUCAUCCUUUGAGAAGUAUAGCUAAGUAUAUCUUAUCACUAAGCUACCUUCUAAAUGUGGAAUUAUCUCUAUUUUUAGAAGAUAUUUCUUCCAUAUUUAGUGGGUAGUUUAGUCAUCAAACACAUAUUAAAGAUGUACAAUCCACAGUUACAGCUCAAGCUGCUAUGAUUCUGGGGUGGUGGGGAGGUAGAUUAGGGUAUGGAAGCAUUGGAGUGCCAGAUGCAGAGAGCUCAUAAAAAGCACCACUAUAGACAUAACACAGAGCAACAACAACUGAGAAAAGACAUGAUUAGACUGAGAAAAGACACAAUUAGACUGACACAUAAAGAUAAAAGUAAAAAUCAUACAUAAUAUGUAUAGGUGGUUUAGGUCAAUAAAAAGAAAACCCUCUAACUGACUUAUCACAAGAUAGAAUGGACUGUCUCAGAAAGCAGUGGGCUCCCAAGAUUCAGGGCAUGACAUCUGCACAAAUAAGGAAGCAGUUAGAAACCAAUCUGUGUGCUGAGAACAACCCAAUGGCUUGGAAAUAGCACAGUAACUGUGCCAAAGAGGAAGAAGAAAUGGGAUUGCUAAAGAAAAGGGUCAGAUGAAGGGAGAGUAUGAACUCUUAGGAUAAAUGGUUUAUACUUAAUAGAAUGGGAAAGAGAAAGUUAGUUACUGUUCUUAAAAAGAAGAGAAAAACAUGUAAAGAACAUUGUGCUAAGCAUUAUGACAAUGUGUAAAGAACCUUGUGCUAAUGAUCGCAUGUGGCCUAGAACAGAAGAGGGCAAGUUUCUGAAGGUGAAGAUAUACCUCCAGUAAUACCUUUGAUUAGUGGCUGCAGAAGUGAAGAAAGGGGCAGCAAUAGGUAAUGCAAACCAAGAGCUAGAUUUAAUGAUGAGUGAACAAGUCAAUCAAAUACUUUAUGCUGUCAUGUUGCAGUUAGAGAUGAAAAAGAAAAAUGCAGAAAAGAAUUUCUGCUUUCAUCAUAAAAGGAAGGGUGCCCAAGUUUUCAGUUUUCACUCAACAAAACCAUAACAUAUCAUAUUGGAAAAAUCUAGGGCCUACUGGUUAAGUGAAGUGUAAUGGUGCUACAAUCAUGGGUUGAAAACUUACUUUUAAAAAAAGAAACAUUAAAUUGUACUUUGGAGGGAAAGAUUGCUCAACCAUGGUGAAAAUGAAUCACACUGUCAAAAAAGACCUUGGUUAAAUAUCACUGCAAAAUUUAGUCCUACAAAUGAAAAAUUAACCUAAAAAUGUAUGUCUGUUGUUAGUAAUAAUAACAUCAUUUUUUAAGAAAAAAUUAUUUUUUAACCUACUUUUGGUAUAUUGAUAGCAAUUCAUGUUUUAAAUAGGAAAAGAUGGUUAUAAUAUGCUUGAGGUGUAUUUCAUUGAGCACAGAAAUUAUUCUCAAAUACAAUCAUAGAUGUUCAUUAUUACAAUAAUAUCAUUUUUGCUUGUUUUACAAAUUCUGAUCUUCAAAAUUUUAUUAGGCUAAAUAAGUUUUCAUAGUAUAUAUUUCUCAAACUGUAUUUAGAGAUUUAUUUUUUACAUUAACUGGGCAGUAAGCAAGAUAUAUAUGGAGUAACUUUAUAGUGUUUAUAUAUGUCUAUUACAUAGUUAUGAAUUUUAUCUUCACUUUUAUAACACCUAAAUUAGCUAUCUGUUCAAAUAUCAUUUCAGGGUAUUAAAACAGGAAUAGCAUAAUUCAAUUCUGUCUGACCCAAACAGUAAUAACUCCAUAUCUAUGUUCUGUCUUCUAAUGAUCACAUUUUAACCCUGUGUACGAGACAGCAAAAGAGACACUGAUGUAUAGAACAGUCUUAUGGACUCUGUGGGAGAGGGA